AUGUAUACAAGAACUCGACGAAAAAAACGUACAGCAAGUAUGGAAGCUACUGCUGGUGAACGAGAUGCUGAUGAAGAAGGUGAUGAUAAUGAUAGUCAACAAGUAUCAAAAGCAAGACGAAAUCAUAAUCGACAAAGAGAUUUAUCGAAAACAACUGAUCCUGUUGCAUCAGCUUCUCUAUCCAGUCUUGCCGUACCAAUUAGUGAUGAUAAUUAUCAUCAACCACAUCGCUCACCAGCUGUUCACAUUGCUCAUUUACUUCAUGAAGCAAAUCUUUCUAAUCUCAUUCAACUUGAUUGGGUUAAUCAAAUAAAAUCUUUUCUUAAUGAACGUUCACAUCUUCUGAAUCAGAUUGAUUUUAUUCGAACACAAUUUGAAAAACAAUAUAAUUCAGUUAAACAUCGUCUUGAAGAAACUGAAACAGAAAAUGAACGUCUUACUACACAACAUCGUUCGGCAACCAAACAACUUCUUCUAUAUAAAAAUCUUGUUGAAGCACCUGAAAUUUCUGAUUCACCAACAAAGACAAAAGAUUAUCAACAAUUAAAAUUAACAAUUGAUGCUAUUUUAAAAGAAAAUGAACGUUUAUACGCUGAAAUACAUGAUUUUAAAACAAGUGAUCCUGUUUAUGAACAAGUACAAUUAUUAGAAACAGCUAAUAAACAUUUAAAACAAGAAUUAAUUCAAGCAACAAAUCAAAAUCAUCGUUUAAAAAAAAUGAUUAAUAUUGAUGAAAUCAAACAUUUAAAAUCAAAACUUGCAAAAGCAAUUGAUGAAUGUGAACAAUUAAGAUUACUAAAUAAAAAACUUAUUAAUGAAGUUCAAUUACGUCAACGUCAAUUACCAACAUCAUCACCUAAACAGCUACGUGUCUAUCCUCAUCCACCGUCUCAACGACAACUACAACUUUCACCAAUAUCACAACAUUCAGCAAUAAGUCCACCUUCAUCAACAGGUCUACUAAGACGUGGUGACGAAAAUAUUUCACUGUUAACAAUCCAAAAUUUACGACAAUUUGAAAUAACAUCUCAUUAUCCAACACCAGUUUCGUCAACAUCAGCUGAUAUUGCUGAAUUACGAGAACAUGUCCAUCUGUUAGAACAAAAAUUACAACAACGUGAAUAUGAAUUACAAACAUUACAAAUUGAAAUCGAAAAAGGUACAAGUUCAAUAAUGAGUUCAAUUGAAGAUCUUAAUAUAGCUUCAUCAUCUGUUUCACCAUCUCAACAUUCCCCAUCAACAAAUUUUGCAUUAACUACCAUAAAAAAUCAACCAGUAAUUGAAGAAUUACAAAAUGAAUUAGAUCAGUUACAUGAUAAAUUAGAUGAAUUAACACGUGAAAAUCAAACAUUAAAAAAUCGUACACAAGAAUUUGAUACAAUUUACGAAGAAAAUGAAUAUUUAUAUGCAGAAAAAAGUCAUUGGAAUGAAGAAAUGGAACGUGCACGUAUACGUGAAUUAGUACUUGAACAAGAAAUACGUACAUUAAAAGAACGUGAAAAAGAAUUUCUUAUAACAAAUGAUUCAAAUGUAAAUAAUUUAAAUACAACACAAUUAAAAUUAAAAAUUGAUUGGUUACAUCAAACAAACAAUCAAUUAGAGCUUGAAAUCGUUCGUUUACGUGAACAACUAGAUUUAAUAACUAAAAAAUGUCAAGACUUAAAAAAAGAAUCAAUUCAAAAAGAUGAACAUUAUAAACAACUAUUAACUGUUGCAGAAGAUAAACAACAAUUACCUCAAGAAUUGGCUCGUUUAGAAAGAAUUAAAAUUGAUAUGGAAAAUCAAAUGGAAAAAGAAAAACAAGAUUAUGAAAAGACUAUUGCAACAUUGGAAGAACAAAGUGAAAAAAGAGAACAAAAAUAUAGUGCUCUUUAUGAUACAAUUCUUAAACUUCAAAGUGAUUAUCGACAGAAAGAAUUAGAUUAUGUUCAACAAAUGGAUGAUGUUGUUAAACGACGUGAUGAACUUCAUACGAAAUUAACAUUACUUCAAAAGGAAUUCGAACAAAUUCAACAAGAGAAUAAAGCUCUUAAAGACGAGAUAAAAUCAAAAGAUGAAAUCAAUCGUGAUCUUAAAUUAGCUUUAACAUCAUCAAAUAAUGAUACACAAACAAUAUAUAAUCAAUUACGUCAAUUAAAUACAAAUCUUGCUGAUUUACAACAAAAAUAUGAAAGAGAUAUAGCUGAACGUGAUAAACAAAUUGAAAUUUUACAUAAUGAACAAAAACAAAUGAUUACAAAUAAUGAUGGAAAUUUAUUAAAAGCUCAUCAAACAAUAAUUCAAUUACAACACGAUAAUAAUCAAUAUUUAAAUCAAAUUGAAACAUGUCAAUCAAAUAGUGAUAAACUUCAAACUGAACUUAAAGAAAAACAAUAUUUUUUGGAACAAAUGCAACAUGAUUUAACAGAACGAUCAGUAUUACAUGUUAAUAUUAAUAAUCAAUUAUCCCAAGAAAAUAAAGGACGAAUAGCAAAAAUAGCUGAAUUAGAACAAGCUUUAUCUCAAGAACAAAAACGUAAAAUAGAAUUACAACGAACAGUUCAAGAUUUAGAAGUUGAAUUACUUAAAUAUCGUGCUGUAGCAAAGGAAUCAUUAGAAAAGAGUCAAGAACUUGAAAGACGUUUUCAUGAAACAGAUAAACAUUUUGAAGAAACAAUACGUACUCAUUUAAAUGAAACAACAGAACCAGCAAGACGUGAAUUAAGUUUAUUAAGAGCUGAAUUAGUUACUAAAUCAGAUCAAAUAACAAUAUUACAACAUACAAUUGAAGAAGAAAAACUUAAACGACAAAGACUUGAAAUGAAAUUAAAACGAUUAAAAGAUGAAUAUAUUAAUGUACGUAAAGAACUUUAUAAUCGUAUUGAAGACAAUAAUACAUUACAACAUGAACUUGUUGAAUGUCGAUUUAAAAAUGAUUAUAAUUUACAUAUUACAACUCAAACAUUUAAUUCAUUAAAAUCUCCAAAUGAAAAAGAAUCAACAGCUGCUGUUCAAUUGUAUUUAAAAGAAAAAUCUGAAAAUCAACAUUGGCAAUUAAAAUGUCGAACAUAUCAACAAAAAGUUGAACAAUUACAAAAAAAUUAUGAAUUAACAAAAGAAAAAUAUAAACAACGUUUACAAGAAGAACGAGGAAUAUUUGAACGUACUAAAAAUAAAUAUUUUGAACAUCUUAAAAAUGUUCAAAAAGAUUUACAUGAAACACGACAAUUACUUGAAAAAGAUACAGAAUUAAAACUAAAUCAAGAAUCUGCAUAUCAACAAUUAAUUGAUGAACGAAGACAAUUACUUACAAGUAUGGUCGAUAAAGAUGCAAAAGUACGUGAAAUGCGUCGCGAAAAUCUUCUAUUGACAUCAAAAAUUCAAUUACUCGAAGAUCAAAUGGAAAAUCUAAACGAUCGUGUUGAUCGAACAUUACGUGAACGAAAUCAACUUCGUCGAGAAAUAAAUAGUGUCCGAUUUGAUAGCAAUAUUUCAAUUGAAACAAGUGCGCGUUCUUCACCAAGUCCUACUCCACCAAGAGCCACUCAUAUUGAAUCAACAACAUGGAGUCAACCUAUUCAUCAUGCAGAAUCAUUUGGUUUCAAUAAUGAUCAUCAUCAUCUACACGAAACAUCAUCUGUUUCAUAA